AACCGGAAGAAAAGCUCGCACCGAAAGCAUUGGCGUUGGUUUAUGCAGCAUAAAUUCCUUUUUUGGGUUGCCAUUCUACUCAUUGUCACACUGACGUGGGCACGCCCCCAGCGGUAUGCACAUAUCGCCGUAAUCGAAAAUGAUGCAUAUGAACAAACCUUACCCAACUCGCUGAGAAACCCUUUCUAUAAGACGCCGCGAGUGCGAGAGGCAUUAGCCAAAUCAAGCUGGUUCGGACCGGGCGAGGAGCCAGUAUAUGAUCGACAGGCGGAAAAAAUACCACGCGCCGAAAUCUAUAACGUCCUCUCACAUGCCGGGCUCAUCAAUCGGAGAGGAAAAUUAAUUUAAGUUGGUACAGUGUGUACUUAUACUGUACAGUGUGUACUUAUACUCGUAGUAUGCAUCCAAGGCUUGCAGGCAAAUUAUGUAUGUGUAAACAGGGGGUUUCCACCACACGAAUGCCAUUCAAAACAAAUCAUGUUUUAGAAACGUAAAAUUACGAUUUUAUUACUAAGUUUGCAAUAUUACUUUUCAUUUGUUAAGCAAGUUACAACUGCCUUGGUGUUACUGACUCUUAUUAUAUUUGUUAUUAGUGUUUUUUAUUCUGUUGUAAGCGCGCACAUGGAAAUCUAUAUUUUACAUAAAUAAUAUUUUUUAACAAGUGCGUGGCUUGUUUAGCUUAAGGAUUCGUUGACAACAAACAAAAAAAUGUAUGUGUUUAAUAUUACAGCGGAUUUACUUUAAAUUUUAAAAAUAUUUCAUUGCAGUCAUUAACUUUAAGUAUUGCCCAGUUGCAAAGUAAGGCAAACAGAUUCCUCUUUCGAAUGUUUACAUUUACAUAUUAUACAUAUAUAGAAUUGUAUAUAUUUAAACUGGAUUUAAAUAAAUUGUUACUUAGAAAGAACUAAGCUUUUAGAUAAUAUUA